ACAACAACAAUUGGAGUAUUGCUAGUUUUUAUCAUUGUUGCAACUGUUGUCAUCAGGAAGAGAAAGGAAAUUUUUAGGAAGUUGAUUAAGAGUGACCGAGAUAUUGAGAUUUUGAUAAAAAAUUAUGAAACUCUAACUCCCAAAAGAUACAACUUUUCAUAUGUCAAGAAAAUGACCAAUUCAUAUAAGGAAAAACUAGGCCAAGGUGGUUAUGGAGAUGUCUACAAAGGGAAGUUACCAGAUGGUCGUUUUGUAGCUGUGAAGGUCUUAAAUCCAUCCAAGGGGAAUGGUGAAGAAUUUAUCAAUGAAGUUGUAAAUAUUAGUAGAACUUCUCAUGUCAAUGUUGUUACACUAUUAGGAUUUUGUUUGGAGGGUGAAAAGAGAGCUUUGAUCUAUGAGUUCAUGCCAAAUGGAUCUCUAGAAAAGUUUAUAUUCAAGGAAGGAACUUCAGAGGAUAAUCAUCACUUGGGGUGGGAACAACUAUAUCAUAUUUUUGUUGGAAUAGCUCGAGGGCUUGAGUACUUACACCGUGGAUGCAACACAAGGAUUUUGCAUUUGGACAUAAAACCCCACAACAUUCUUCUUGACAAAGAGUUUUGCCCAAAGAUCUCUGAUUUUGGAUUGUCCAAACUAUGCACUAGAACUGACAAUAUUGUGUCAAUGAUGGGGCCUAGAGGCACAAUUGGGUAUAUAGCUCCAGAAGUUUUUAAUAGAAGCUUUGGAGUUGUUUCACACAAAUCUGAUGUUUAUAGCUAUGGAAUGAUGAUUCUUGAAAUGAUUGGAGGAAAGAAGAGCAUUCAAAUGGAGGUAGGUGCUAGUAGUGAGUAUUUUCCAGAUUGGAUUUACAAACAUCUAGUAUUGGUUGAUGAAAAUGAACUGCAGGGUUUGAGGUCCAAAGCGGAAACUAAUAUUGAAAAGAAGAUGAUAUUGGUUGGUCUCUGGUGUAUACAGAUAAAACCUUCUGAUCGACCCUCAAUGAACAAGGUGAUUGAGAUGUUGGAAGGAAGUGUAGAAGCCUUGCCAAUUCCACCUAAGCCCUUCCUUUCUUCCCCUUUGAGACCAGUACCAGAUUCAGUGGCCACAUCAAGUUACGAUAGUGUAUCAAUAACGUUUCCGACGGGAUAAGAGACUCCAUGAAAAAUACCCUUCAUUUAGUUGAUGGUGUUUCUCCGCAGUUUCAGGCCUUUAUUGAGACACGUCAAACAUCAACAUCAAUAAUUUUUUUUUUUUCAC